ACGCGCGGCAGCCAUAUUUGUUAAGGGAAAGGGGACCCGAGGGGAGCAGAGAACUUUUCUUCUCUUCACCAGGUGCUUGCCACCUCAAACGAAGCCUGAAUUAUGGCGGCUUCUGCGCCGGCCCCGCACACGACUGACUUUCCGGCUGAGGGUCGGUGCAGUUACUACGUGGAAAAGAAGAAGCGGUUCUGCAGGAUGGUGGUGGCGGCAGGGAAAAGAUUCUGUGGGGAACACGCUGGAGCCGCGGAGGAAGAAAAUGCUCGGAAAAGAAUUCUCUGUCCUUUAGAUCCAAAACACACAGUAUAUGAAGAUCAACUAGCAAAGCAUUUGAAAAAAUGUAACUCAAGAGAGAAGCCAAAACCUGACUUCUUUAUUCAAGAUAUUAACGCAGGCUUAAAAGAUGGAACAGAAAUACCUGAACAGUUAGUUCCAAUUUCUUCUCUCUCUGAAGAGCAGUUGGAAAACUUAAUUAAGAAAUUGAGGAAAGCAAGUGAAGGUUUGAACUCUACACUUAAAGAUCAAAUUAUGUCCCAUCCAGCAUUGCAUGAUGCCCUUAAUGACCCUAAAAAUGGUGAUUCUGCAACCAAACACCUGAAACAGCAGGCUUCUAUUUUAGGUAACAUUGAAAAAUUAAAGUUACUUGGUCCAAGAAGAUGCUUUGUCGAGUUUGGAGCAGGAAAGGGAAAAUUGUCUCAUUGGGUUGAUAUUGCAUUAAAAGAUGCUGAGAAAGUUCACUUCAUCCUAGUAGAAAAGGUGACCACGAGAUUCAAGGUAGAUGGCAAACACAGAAAGAAAAAUUCAGUAUUCGAGAGACUUCAAAUUGAUAUUCAACAUUUGUGUUUGAAUAAGAUUCCUUUGCUAAGCAAAGAAAAACUACCUGUGGUAGGAAUUGGAAAGCAUCUGUGUGGUGUGGCAACAGAUCUUGCAUUACGAUGUUUGGUUGAAACCUAUGCUGCCAGUUGUGAGGAAAGGAAUGAAGAACCUUUAGCCAAACGCAUAAAGAAUGAUAAAACAGAGAAAGAAAUUAACACUUUGGCCAAGGAAGGAAAUGAGAAAAAUGUCCCAGAGAAGUGGAGCCCUGUGGCUGGCAUUGUUAUUGCACUCUGUUGUCACCACAGGUGUGAUUGGAGACAUUAUGUGGGCAAAGAGUAUUUCAGGGCUCUAGGCCUUGGAGCAGUGGAAUUCCACUACUUUCAGCGAAUGAGUAGUUGGGCGACUUGUGGGAUGCGAAAAACAUCUUUGGAAGCCUCCAAUCUUACCACAAAGAGAAAAGAUAAGCAGAAUGGUGACAGUGAAGAGCAUGAUGACGGGGGAUGCAGAAUCACGGAUGAAAGCACCGAGAGUGUCCCUGGGUUCCUUACUGUUGAAGAAAAGAAGAAAAUAGGGCAUCUUUGUAAAUUGCUGAUUGACCAAGGCCGAGUCGAGUAUUUACAGCAGAAAGGAUUCAGUCCUGCUUUACAGUAUUAUACAGAUCCUCUGGUAUCUUUGGAAAAUGUAUUGUUAACUGCUUUACCAAAUCAUUCUUCAUCACCAGAAACAACUGCUUAAUGGAAAAGAAAUUGUGAACAUCUGUCUUCCACCAAAAAAAAUUUUUUUUAAUUGUAUUUUUAUAUUCAUAAAAUAUACUUUAUGUAGCAGAGAUAUGAACUUUAAAAAAUGUUGUGGCCUCAUUGAACUUCGGUUAUAGCUUUGUUUUUUACUUAGAAGUCCAAAUGUUAGCAAAUUCACCAAAUUCUCAAAGUAAUUCUCUUCAGCAGGGCAUCUUGAGUUAUAUUAUCCAUCAGUAUUUAUAGAGAUUGGUAAAGUAGUUGAACAGUUGACUUGGUUAUCUGAAACACACGUAACACAUCAAUACACAACUAGCACAUUAGCUUUCUUAUUUGUAUUAAUUUUGGAAAUUUAUUUAGUACUUUUUACUUCUCAAGUUCAAGAUGUAUGAUCAGUUGUCCAUUUGUAACAAAGGCAAGUCUGAGAACUUGGCUUAUAUAUGGAUUUUUUUUGGUCCAUUCCAAUCUGGAAAGGAUAAUCUAUUGUGAUUUGUUUCUCCUAAUGCAAAGAAAUUCAGAGAUGUUCAUAAUCAAUUAAUGAAUUCACCUUCAGAUUUCCAGAGCCAUACAUGUAUUUAUGUAUUUCUGAAUUUAUCCAUGACAAACAGCAAAAGUGAAGAGAUAGUUUUCAAGGGAAAUGAACUGUUUCACUUCAUUUUUUUAAUUGAAUAAUUAUCUAGUUCGAACUUCCAAAAAGAUAACUUAUAAGCCUCAUUCACAAAUUAAAUUGAAAUUUGCAAAUAACUUCUGAAGUUAAUUAGGUAUCAUAUCUUUUAAAAGGACAUUUUUGUACAUAUAAGCACAACUAUAUAUUCUCCCCUGUUUGAGAAAAUAAUUUGGAAUAAAAUGGAAAUUAGAUAAUGAAACCAAAACCACCUCACACUUAGGCCUUAUUUAACUCAUAAGCAGUUUCUAUGCACAAGCAAAUAUUAAUCCAAACAUAUGGUAAGGACUGUUACUGUCUUCACGUUAUCCUUCAUUUAUUUCUGUCUUUAUUUGUGAAAAUUGUCUUAAUCAUUGGUACCUUUGCCAAGACAAAGAUCAGAAUUAAUAAUUUUAGGUACUAUAAUGAUAUUCUUAGGUAACUUUUUUAUCCUAUAAAUAGAUCUAUGAGUACAUGAAUUAUAAAAUAGAAGCCUAGCGCAUUUUUAGUUCCUGCUUUUCUGCUUUAAUCUCCUGUGUUUUAUGAGACUGCGUGGGUUCAGAUCCUGCCCUACCACCUUAGUGUAUGACCUUGGGCCACUACUUAAUCUCCUUGUGCCUCGAUUCCCCUUCUUAAAAUGAGGAUGAUGAAGAUAAUAAUAAUACUACCUACCUCACAAGGUUUUGUAACAAAUGAGAUAACACAUGUAAAAUGCUUAAAACAGCUCCAAGCACAGUGUAAGUACUCAAUAAAUACGUUAAUAAUUCUAAUUCACAAAUCUAUUUUUAAUGACAAUAGGCAAACUUGGUUUAAUUAUCUCUGCUUAAGUUGUAACCUUUUUUCUCUUUUUAUAAGUUCCAUGUCAAAUAUUAUUAAAGUAAGGUAGUUUGAUUAUUUCUAAAGUUAAUUACUCAUGCUGCCCAAUCAAGAGAACAUAAAUAAAGGGUAAUAUACAUCAUUCAAUAAUUUCCGUGAUUUUACUGGGUCAGGCAAUGCUAAUUGGUGUCAUACAGUCUGUUUUGCAUCAUUCAACAAUUUAUGCCCAGGAAUAAAAAAUAUUCUACAACAGGCAUAAUCUCAACUAUGUUUCACAAAACAUACACAUACACGCAAUAGUUAUACUGAUAAUAGUCCUGUGCCCAUUUAGCUUCAUGAUGUUUCUGACAAUGGUACUAAGUAUUUUAUGGGCGGAUAAGCUUACCCUUCAACAAGCUAUAGGUCAAGAUUCUUGUUUUCCCCAACCUUGUUUACUUCCCUUAAGAUAUCAUAAAAAAGUAACUAUGUGGGAUAUGUAUAUUGCUAUUCCUUGACCUGCCAAAUUUUAUAGGGACAGCAAACCCCUUCUUGAACUUUCAAAUUCACCUACACAACUACCUCUUCCCACAUGUCCCACAACUAUGUCAAAUUUCCUUAUCUUCCACUUCUACCACCUCAUCUCAGCAUCACCAUCCAUCCGGUUGCUCUAACCAAAAACAGAUUAAUCUUAGAGUCCUCUCAUUUCCCAUCAUUCAAUCACCAAUUCUAUCUACUACCUGUUUUUUAUGUAUUUAUACCCUGAACUAGGCCCCAAACUAACUUUACUUGUCGUCCUCCAAUCUAUUUUCCAUGCUAUUGUUUCUGUGACUUGCUACCACAGAUUAGAUGACCAUUUCCUAAUAUCUGCCACUGGAUGUUGGUAAAAAUGAUUCCUUCUAGCUAAAACACUGCCAUUUGUUUGCUUGGAUUAUACUCAUUCUCCAAAGCAGCUAUCUUAGAAGAUAAAUUAAAUCUGACCUUUUGAUUCAAAAACUCUUCAUGUUUUAGUGCAUUAUAAAAUGAUUUCUAUUACUAUACUAUUGUUUCAUUGUUUUUCUUAAUAGAAUUGUCUCUUUGGCCUCUUAUAAUCUUGGUUUAAGUUAAAGGCUUUCCUUUACUGAAAAAGUGGUUUAAUUCUUAAUUGAGACUGAGUGAUUGAAAUCUAUAUAUCAAAACCUCACAUUUUAACUAUUGGUUAAAAAUCUGUUCUCUUAAUAUUUUUCAUUCCUAGGCAAAAUAUUAUGUUGCUAUUUGUGGAUUAUAGAAAAAGAGGAAAUGACAGGGAAGGUAGUGUUCAUGAGUACACUGAAAUAUAUGACAAACUGAUAGAAUGAGGUAGUGAAGCUUUAAGAAUCACAUCUUCAGGGGCACCUGGGUGGCUCAGAUGGUUAAGUGUCUGCCUUCGGCUCAGGUCAUGAUCUCAAGCUCUUGGGAUUAAGCCCCGCGUCAGGCUCCCUGCUCAGUGGGAACUCUGCUUCUCCCUCUCCCUCUCCCCCGCCCCCCCACCCAGCCCCCAGCUUGUGCUCGCUCGCUCUCAAAUGAAUAAAUAAAAUCUUUUUAAAAAAUCACAUCUUCCUUCCCUUGGUUGUGCUUCAGGUCCUUGGCCAAAGAAAUUUAUUUCCUGUCACCACUUGAAAAACUUUCAGUAUCUUCACAAUUUCUCUCUAAGCCUUUAUCAAAAUUGUGAACAGAUUGGAAUUUCACUUUUUUUCCUCCAACAAUAUUGACCAAAAGACAAAAUUUGACAGAAAAGGUAAGAUGGAAUGAGAAAUCUAUAAAGGAAUCUAUAUAUAUACACACAUUCCUCUACCAAAUAUUUGACAUGUGUUAUAUAAAAAUGCCAUACCUGCUCUUCUCUGGGACUCCUGUAUAUAUGCAUGCAUAAACUGAAGGCCAAAUAAUUCCCGUUCCUCUUCUUCAUCUAUGCUUUCACUGGGAGGAAGUGUUACUUCCAGUUUCAAUGGAUUGUCUCUGAAGUUGACAAACCUAGCAGUUCACCAAAAAACAAUAUUUUUAUAGAUGCCAUAGAAGUGUACAUUUAUUUUUCUGAGGAAAGAUCAAAUGAUAAUACACUAAAUUACUUUUUUUUUUUAACUGGUUUCAAUAACAUUUUGGUGAAAUGUAGUAAAUCCUAAGAAUCCUUUAAGUUUCUCUUCCAGAAGGAAAAAAACACUAGUUUUAGACAACUCAUUUUCAAAGCUUAUAGAAGCAACUAUUAGUCCCUAGCAUGUAUUUAAUAUGGUGAAGUUUCUGCAUAUUUUAUAGACUUGUGUCUUAUACAUCACUGUACCUUCAUCGAGUACAGGACUCAGCAGUUGCUGAAUAGGUGAAUGAAUGAUUUUGUUAUGGAAGUUGUGGGAUUUGAUGUGAAUUCUCUUACAUUCUCUGUCAGGAAAUUAAAUUUUGGAAGGAACACUUGAGGGAGUUCUGAGAGUAAUUAACUUAGUAAAAAGUUGUAUUUAUUCUUUCUGUAACAUAAUUGCCUGUGUCCACUGUAGUCAUUUAGAAGGAAAAUAAGCACUAUUUUUAUGCCUUUGGUUUUUAUUUGUAGAUGAGGUUUGUUAGCAGUUCCAAAGACGAUUUUCAUAAAAAUGUCACCAACUGAGGGCAUUCCUGAAAGCCCAUAAUCCCAGUAUGGCUUUUGUUUCAAGAAUUCUUUCUUGAAUAAUUUUGGCCAGUAUUAUAUGAAUCCUACUUAUAAAUUAUAGAAUUGCAAAGUUGGAAAAAUUUUUAAAUGUAUUCAUUCAUAUGAAUGAGAACUCAAAUCCAUUAAUAACAAUUUCUCUAUAUUACCUUGUUCUGCAGCCAGAAAGGAACAUGUCAGUUUUGUGUCUACAACUUUUACCUCAGAUUGGUCAUCUCUUCCAUGCACACUGGAAUAUCUUGCAGUUUAUUGUUGCUGAGUACAAGAGUACCCAGAUUUUUCAUAUUGCUGAUUAUUUUUGGCAAGCAUGUUAUUUUAUUCCGUUGCAGCCAUAAUGUAUGUAGACUCUGCAUUCUGAUGAAUUAAAAGAGAUUUCUGUGAUUAAUCAUACAUAAUAUGAAAACCCUGGUUCUUAUUAACCUAAAAUGAAACAAAUGUCAUCUUUCAUAACAUCUCCUUUAACCAGUGUACCAGUUGAGUUAACCGACUUCACGUUACCUGAUUAUUAGGGAAACUACAUUGGAGGGUUAAUCCCUACAAUACACUUCUCAGCAUGUGGUAGUAGAAAGGAAACCAUAUUUUAGAAUUCUUCACUAUUCUCAUAGGAGUUCUUAAAGAACAGCUAUAAAUGUUAUCUAGUCUGAACUAGAGUGUUAGGAGAAAAAUAAGAAACUAUGAAUAUGCCUAUUUGGGUAAGACAAGUAUGCAUAAGGGUUAACAGCAUGGACUGUGGGCCAGGCUGCCUAGGUUCACACUUUUAACACUGUGAUCUUGAGCAAUUUACAUCUCUACAUUAGUUUUCAUCCAUUUGUAAAGCCCACAGAGGGCCUGGCAUGCACAAAGUAAUGUUGUUACUGUGUGGCAUAUUCGUGUCAGCAUGUUGAAGUCAGAGAGCCAGUUUUUCUCUCCCAAAGCCCUUAUACUUAAGUAAAUGAAAAUAUUGUUAAAAAGUAGCAUAUUUAGUACCUCAUGGGUCUCUUGUGAUUGAUUAUGCUUGGGGUCUCCUUUGUUAUUUAUGAUGGAUGACUUCAACACAUCUGUUAAUGCACAGAAAAUUACAUAUUUACCUUUCUAUGGUAUCAGGAAGUUGUGCAAGUCUGUUGCUCCCCAUGUCGAGCCAUUCAAGAGCAGGCAUGUUCAACACAGCCAGAGGGAUUGUAGUAAAGUUGUUCAUACUCAAAUCAAGGUGCGUAAGCUUUAACAAAUUGCUGAGCUGAAAAGGCAAGCAAGCUUUUUCAAAAUGGAUGUCCACAAUGUAAACUCUUAGAACACUCACAUUAGUAGCGCUUUUUCACAUCAAGGAAUGUUCACAUUAUGCUUGGGCUUUUUUUUAGUCAUCGUCCACAAUAACUUUGAAAUAAAAAUAAAGCUAAAUAACCUCCAGAGAAAUGAAAAACUUAUAGAAAGCUCAUCUAUUCAAAGAAAAUUUAUCUUCCAAAUACCCAAGUUCCAGCACUUACAGAACCUGCUUGUGUUUGCUUGUAUUUUCCUUUCAUCCUGCAUUUGAGAUUUAUAUGGGAAAACCCAAACUUCAAAAUAAUACUUCUCUUUAUUGAACCUUCUUUUUUGUGCCUGAUAUUUUACAUAUGCUAUCUCAGUCAUAGCAUUUACUGUUUGGUACUUCUAUUUUCUCAAUGAAAACAUCAAUAAAAGUUUAUUAAGAAUGAUAUCCCAACACCAGUGUGCUCAGCUUAAGAAAGAAAAUGUAUUCAGGGGCACCUGGGUGGCUUAGUCGGCUAAGUGAUUUGGUUUUGGCUCAGGUCCUGAUCUCAUGGGUGGUGAGAUGUCCACCCCACCCCACCCCUGCCGUCGGGCUCCGCACUCAGCAGGGAGUCUGCUUGGGAUUCUCUCCCUCUGCCCCUUCCUCCACUCACUCUGUCUCUCAAAUAAAUAAAUCUUUAAAAAAAAAAAAAAAAAAAAAAAUAUAUAUAUAUAUAUAUAUAUAUAUAUAUAUAUGUUGCUAUGACUGCCUCCUAUGUGUUCCUCCCUUCUUCCUUUCCAGAGGGAACCCCUCUCCUGAAUUUGGUAUUUAUUAUUCCUGUGCAUGUUUUCUUGUUUUCAUUACUAUACAUAAAUACAUGUUUUUAAAUAUUUCUCUGUAAUUACUAUUAUAUGUUUUCAUAAACAAAAUUUAGUACUUUUAUUUGAAGAUUAUGAUACUGUACUUCCCUUAACUUGCUUUUUUCUCUUAAUAUCAGUGACUCAAUGUAUUCACGUUGAUGCUUACAACUCUAGUUUAUUCAUCAACUUUACAAGAUGAGUAUCUUAUUUCUAUUUUAUAGACAAAAUGGUUGAGAAAUACCAUGUAACUAGAAAUGAUGGGUGAUGUGCACUCAAAGUUUUCAUGGACCUAAAGCCACAAAAUUUCUAAACUCUUUCCAUAUAACACUGUAGUGAAAGUUUCAAAAUGUGAGAAUUUAGUUAACUUUUCCAAAAAGCUUUCUAUUUUAUCUAGGCAAGUUCUGUUUUAUUAUCUCAGGGAAUGUUAAGAUUCGUUCCAUAUCUUUAACACCACAAAAAAAAAAAAAAACAAAAACCCACAAAUGCAGUGUUUUGUGGGUAAUGCAAAAAAGCAGGUUUCCAUUUAGUAGGUAAUCUUUGUCCAAGCUUUAGAAUUCAAGCCAUGAAUAAAGUACUUUUUCAAAAUCAGACUUCAAAAUUUUUCAUAUGGUUUAGAAUGGAGUAUAGAAAGAUCGUUUUCAAUUGGCAUAAAUAUGUUUGUGUACAGUGUGCAGCGUAGUGUGCCUGAGACAUAAGUCUCUUCCUGUUACUGAUUUCUGAGUCGCACUAGAACCCUUUGAUUUUAUAUUGAAAGAUAUUCACAUUAUUAUAACAACAGUCUUUAUUUUGCAUAUGUGAAAACUGAGACCUCUUUAUGUAAAGUGGUGAGUUCAGGGCUUCACAGCUAAUUUAGAAGCCAUUCUUGGAGGGGCGCCUGGGUGGCUCAGUCGGUUAAGUGACGGCCUUCUGCUCAGGUCAUGAUCCUGGAGUCCCGGGAUCGAGUCCCGCAUCGGGCUCCCUGCUCGGCAGGGAGUCUGCUUCUCCCUCUGACCCUCCUCCCUCUCAUGCUCUCUGUCUCUCAUUCUCUCUCUCUCAAAUAAAUAAAUAAAAUCUUAAAAAAAAAAAAAAAGAAGCCAUUCUUGGAAAUAAUCCCAGGGUCAAGAU